UCACACACCACAAAUCACGAACUCGUAACGGGAAUUGGCCGUCCUCCCAACUCCAAUCGAAUCCCCACAUCGUUUCUUGGCCUCAAGCCGCCGCCCUAGGCAUCUGCCCUCCCCGCCGACCGCCCGCGCGAUGGGUUCUCGGUGCUGGUCCUGCGGCGAGGACUCGGUGUCGCCGGACCCGGGCUCGGGCGCGCUCGUCUGCACCUCCUGCGGCCUCCAACACGACGCCGGCUCCUCCGAGUUCUACAACCCGACCGCCUUCACCGAGGACGGCCAGCUCGAUUUCCGCGCCUCCUCCCUCGUCCGCCACCUCUCCCAGACCCCCUACCGCGAGCUCAAGCUUGCCGCCGCCUCCAACGUCAUCACCUCCAUGGCCGUCCAACUCGGCCUCUCGCCCACCCGCGCCGAGGAGAUCCUCUCCAUGGCCAAAUCCGCCACCGCCGGGAACCUCGCCACCCCCGGCACCACCUUCCUCCCGGCCCUCGCCGCCGCCUGCUCCUUCCUCGUCGCGCGAUCUCAUCGCCUCCCGCUCUCCCUCGCCGAGGCCGCCGAGGCCGCGGCCUGCACCACGGUCGCGCUCGGUGACCUCGUAUCCCGCAUCGCCUCCCACCUCUCCCUUCCUCCCCUCCCUUCCUUCGACUACCAGGCCGCGCUCGAACGUGCCGUGCUCGGCUCGUACAAGCUCGCCACCGCUGCGGGUGAGGAGAAGACGAGAGCGAUUCUCUCCCAAGCCAGAUUUCUUCUCCGCUGCUCCUCCAAGUGGUCGCUCACCACCGGGCGGCACCCGCUCCCACUUCUCGCCGGCCUGAUUGCCUUCGCCGCAGAGCUGAACGGGGUCGCUGAGGUUUCUGUAGAAGACAUUGCUCAGGAGAUGUCCGCGGUCGUGCACACCAGCCGUCUCCGAUACAAGGAGCUCGUUAAAGCGCUGGUGCAUGUCGCGCAGAAGUUGCUUCCCUGGGGAGCCGACGUCAAUGCCAGAAACCUGCUCCUGAACGCCCCGAUGCUGCUCCAGCUCAUGGAGAUGCGGUCACAGUCCGACCCAUCGGAACUGUUUCUUGAGAGCUUCGCUCCGGACAUUGCCGGCAUUGUGCAGGUGUACUCAUCUGUUGAUGAGGACGAGUUCAAGUACCUUCAGAUUGUUCCCCUGGAUGUUGAUGAUUUGGAUUUCGAGAAUUCUGGGAAAGAGGGCAAGGAAUCAGGGGAUUUGAAGAUCUCAGAGGAUUGCCUGUCGGAUGCUUACCAGAAUGUCUUAAAGAGGCUCUCUAAGCUAAAGGAACUUGGGAAGGUUGGGAAAGUUGCUAGCAGGAGGAAGCAGCGGAGGAUAGGGCUGGAGCUGGAACCAUGGAUGGAUUCGCUGGAUGAUGAUUGGACCAAGCGCAUGCCGCUUGAGGAGAUAGCCGAUAUUGACAUUGGCUAUGAUGCACCUCCUCCGUCGUUUACUGCUGGAUUGGAGCAUCAGAAGCGGAGGAGAGCACGAAUUGAAGCUGCUAAGUGUCGAAUUGACGCAAUUAGGAAGGCUCCUGCUGCGCGUACUGCAAAUGCAAUUGAUUCACCGGCUGUUCAUGGAAAUGAAGAUGCUUGCCCACCACAAAAAAAUAGCAGGAAGAAGCUGGGUCGAAAGAGACGACAUGGUGAACAUCCUGCGGAGAUGUCAGACGCUCCUGACUCUGGGAAGAAGAAACGGAAAACAGACCCAUGUGAUGGUAUUGACUGGGAAGAUUGUGUUAUCGAACUCCUUUUAUUACAUGGUGCAAAUGAGGCAGAGAUUGAACAAGGCCAAUACAGAAGACUGUUGGAGUUGCAUGUCUUCAGUGCAAUAAGUGGAGACAGAUAAAAACUUGGCGGUGCAGCGUCUUAAAUCUUACUUCCUGAACAUAGGUUUCCAUUAUUCUAUGGUGCACUGCUCAUUUUUUGAUAGAGAAAUUUUGCGCUGUUUGUAUUUUUGUGGAGUUCAGUCAAGCUGAUCAUGGGAAGAACAUAUUGUGGUACGGAAAUGCUGCAUGGUAGGCUUUCUGUCUUUCUCUUGGAAAAUACCUAUAGAAAAAUACUAUACAUAGGAAUGAUACUGUCCCCAGCGAUUUUUAUUGCAUAGUUGAUUGGGAUGUGUCACUUUGUGUACAUUGCUAUACAGCUUAUGAACAUACUCACUUAGACUUGAAAAUUGCUAUACAGCUUGUGAAUGACAUACAUACUCUGUUUGACUUGAAAUUGCUAUACAGCUUAGAAUGACAAUACUGUGUUAGACUUGAAAUUGCUAUACAGCUUGUGAAUGACAUACAUACUCUGUUUGACUUGAAAUUGCUAUACAGCUUAGAAUGACAAUACUGUGUUAGACUUGAAAUUGCUAUACAGCUUGUGUAGGGUUUUCAUUACACUAUAAUAUUCACCUGAUUUGUAGUGUAAUUCCCAUGCUUAGUCAGUGUAUUUUUAGAUAUAUUACAGUGUAAUUUACCCCACAAUUACACAGUAAUUCCCAUGAAUUUCCUCUAUGUUUUUCUUUUUUCUUGGGCUACUUCUUUUACACUGUAAUAUUCAUCUGAUUUGCAGUGUAAUUCCCAUGCUUAGUCACUGUAUUUUACUAUUUUUUAGUUAUAUUACAGUGUAAUUUACCCCAGAAUUCCACUAUAAUUCCCAUAAAUUUCAUGUAGGUUUUCAUUCGUAAGCUUCUUCAUCACACUAAGUGUAAUUUUCAGAACUAUGGUCCCUCUAGGCUACUAGGUUUGAUUUAUAUUGCAUUCAUUUUUAGAAUCUUUUUUGUAGUCUGCUGCUUAACUUGCAAUUUCACACCAAGUGUAAUUGCAGGGGCAAUCAACACUGUAAAUUUAGGUCAAUUACAAUGGAAAUCACAGUGUAAUCA